GCGGCGUUACCAUGGUGACCUGAGCUGCCGCAGCCGAUCUGAGCUGCUAUACUGUUGGAAAUGCGAUAGCCGGUUUAAAAAUACGUUUAAAGCCACAGAAAUGGACUUACCGGCUACAUAUUAUGGGAAACUGGAUAAAAGGAACCCAGUUAUUUCAACUUUCAAACGAGAUAUUAACUCGUUUGUAGCACUAAUGAGACAAGUAACUUCUUCGACCGAACAGGACAACAGCUCUUAUGCUAAAGGGAUUAAGAUCCUCGUAGAGAUAUGGAAGAAGUACAAGCAUCGUCUUCCUUCAAAGUUAUACCAGGAGCACAUGCUUCAGAUUGCAGAUUUUCUUUUUGCAAUAAAGUUGUACCAGCUGGCACUGUGGCAGGGCUACAGUCUCCACCUUUUGCAGUUCAGCUCAGUGAAAAUAACUGAGAUCACAGAUGUGGACCACUUAAUGGCCUGCUUCUUUCCUGAAGGUUUUGAUACAGACCAAGAAACCUUUACCAUGAAGAUUCUUGCAAUGCAGGGCUGUGCCUUGUGUAUAUUUGAGCAGGAAAAAAAGCACGAUAUCCUCAGCGAGAAGGGGCUUUGCAAACUGCUGUGUGUGCUGAACUUCAUUAGGAUCAUGAUGCAGGCCUUUCAGCAACAUGAACACCUCUACUGGCAAAUAUACAAGGGUGCAUCACACAUUUACACCAUCUGCCGCUUCUUGAUGAUGAAGAAGUGCAGUGCACAGGCACUGGAGUACCUUCUGUGGGCAGGCAUCAGUUUAGAAUUGUCCAUCCCUCUGAUGACAGCCAAGUAUCUGCCGUUGAUCAUCACGCUCUACUGUGCCGUCUGCCACUGUUACUAUGACAACCAGGCUGAGGUGCAGGCAGAGGAAUUUGCCAGAAGAGCCCUUGGAAAAAUCAAUGAGCUUGCAAAGCUGGAGGAGCAGAGUGAAGUUCCUGCCACCAGAGAGACUCAGAGAGCUUACAGAGAGGCUUCUGUCAAGCUGGGUGCUAUGGUAUUCAAGCGAGCAGUGUUUGAUGGCAGAAGGAGACCCAAAGUCACAUUCAGAAUGAAAACCAAAAUCAUCCUGAAGGACAUACCCAAUGUGCCAUGGCCUCGUACUCCAACAGAGCGCAUUCUUACAGGCCUGUUUGACAGCAAGGCAGGACAAUUUUUUGGUAUUCUGGAGGCUCUUUGGGACAGCACCACGCGCACUCUACAGAUGGGAAUGCCAGAUGACACAGAAAAGCAGGACGUGUUCUCGGAACUCCUGUCAGCUGGCAUCCGUAUAUUAUCUGGAUCAACAGAUUCUGGUGAGAAAAGGUGUGACGAUCAGCAGUGCCUGUCUCCUGUUGUGCUGACACCAACCUCAACUCUGCUGGAUUUAGCCAUUAUGGGAGAAAACAAGGUGCCCAUCAUGUCAGCUGUGAGGUUCAUCAAGCUGUUGUUUCAAUACAAGCAGCGAGAGGCGUUCACUGAACUUGCCCGAGAAAUGCAGCGGGUUUUGUCUGGUGUGGAAGGGCAGUCAUUCAGGAAGGCAGAACAAGAGCUUGCUUUGCUAGACAGUUUCAACAUUCUGCUGUCUUCCCAGAGGAGCCAUCCAAGAGAGGACAACAGGAAAGAUGACAGACCAAAGUCUUCAUUCCCAAUGAGUGAUGAGCUCAUCGCUCUGGUAGAUAUCUUGCACAAGUCUGUCUGUGGAUCUGCUCUGGAGGUGCAGCCAGAUGGGGACCUGGUUUUGGAUAUUGUGUUAUUUGUGUGGGGUAAAGUGAAGGUGGUGAGACAGAAGGAUACGCUGCAAAUCCCAGAGUUUACACACUAUCGAGAGAAGUGGGUGUGGUGCCUGUCUAAGCUGUGUGAGGUGGCCUUUGCUUGCGACCUGGCAACAGUUGACUGUAUAGUAACGGCAGAGAUGAUUCACACAUUUGGGACUCUACUAGAAAAUGCACAUGAACAUUUUAAUCAAGCAAAAUGUCAAGCAGAUUGUGCCGCAGACCAUAAUGAUGCAAAGCUAAGCUCUUUGUCUCCUCUUGAGAGUUCAAGUACAGAGUUGUUUCGGAAGGUGUGUGAGGUGGUGAGGAAGGGUCUUGAAGCUUUGGCAAGGGGUUCAGCUACACUACUGCCACAUGACAGAUCAGCAGUCAUUGAUUCUGCCUUCAUGCAGAAAUUUAGUUUUAUCAAUGCCUCAGCUCCCUCCAUAUCUCCAACAUCACCAGAAGAGGGAAAUGAAGAAGAUAAAAUCAAUAUGAAGGAAAAAGAAGAAAUCAAAGCAAAGACAGAAUCAGAUUUUAAAGAUUGUCGACAGACUCAGCCCACACGCAUGUUUCUGCUUGCCAAAGACCUUCAUCUAGAGCUAGACAUCAUGUACCACAGGACAUCCCUCAAGUUACUGCAGCUAAAUGCAGUUACCGAGUCUGAACUGUUGAAUCGGAUCAAGAAGAACAAGGUGUCCAAAGCGCUCUUCCUGAUCCAGAAAGCCUUGCCGGUGUUCAAAAACAUGGAGCUAAAUGGCAGCAGCAAAACCAAAAGUCUACUAGAGGAGGCUUCCACCCUGUUAGAAAAAGCAGGACUAGAGGAGAAAAAACUGUAUAUGUCCACCAUUCCUAAGACUCUGGCUGAAAAUGCAGAAAAAGGAAUGAGGGUGGAAGAAAACCCUCCACCUCCACCUAUUCUACUCUCACGCAGUGACCACUCCUUGACCUUUGCCCCAGCACCUUAUAACUUGGCAGAAAAAGUGUGCUGGUACCAGCUUUGCGGUCGAGUAGCUGAGGGUCUUAACUGGAAAGUCCGCCUUGGAGACUUCAGCCUGCCAGGAACUGGAAAAAUGGUACCAGCAGUGUAUGGAGAAUGUGUGCUGAGGGUGGAGGGGCUGGAGCCCAAUCAGAAGUAUGUGUUUGCUGUUGCAGCAUACAACAGAGAAGGCAAGCUACUAGGAAACACAAUAGGGGGGACAACAUUACCACUGUUGGCAUCCCUACCUGUACCUCUCCUUGCUGCAUGGGCUCAUUUAGCUCAGGUGGCAUUUCAAACGGAGCAAUACACCAUAGCAAAGAGGGCCUGCAGGGAAUUGUGGAGCCACUAUACGUACCCUGACUGUGGGUCCCAGAGCACAGAUGAUAGAUUUGCUGCCACAGAGUUGCGUAAACAAGCCCUGCACUGCUCUUCUCCUCACCUAUGCCAGUUGUUCCUCAUCUCCAUCUUCAUUGAGACAGAGAUCAACAUUCAGCAGGGAUCUCUCUAUUCUGACUCAUUUAGUGACAAUGGACCAUUUAUCUGGGAACAGGAAGCCAGACUGGCAGAAUGUGAGCGAAUGCUGGUGGCCAUGGACUUAGCAAUGUGUUUGAAUGACGAUAGUGGUGCUGUGCAAGCUGUAGUUAGUUGCUAUGGCCUCUUGGCACCUUUAAUCUUCCAUCAAAUCACUUGCGACCCUGUGGUGAAAGUGCUAAUUAAAUGCUUGACCAUUUUGGAGGAGAAUUCAGGUCUUCUCAAAAGAAAAUGGGCCGGAAACACUUCGCAGUCAUUUAUGCACAUGAUAGCCUGCAUCACCUACUAUCUGUCAAAGGCCUUACGUGUCCUAAGAAAGCAUCAGAUGGCUGCUGUGGUCAUGGAGUUGGGUUCCAAGCUACUCCAGGAGGUUCAUGAUGCCCAGCAGCAAAUAAGCAGGCUUGCUAUCCAGACUGAGGGUUGUACGACAGUAGGUCAAGCAGCAGUGAAGGGUGAAAUGAAGAUUAAUCUUCAGUUAAAGGCACUGCAAAGGAAGAACAAGAUAAAAGUUGUACCAGAAGUAACUCUCACCACAGACAAUGAGGUUUCAACGUCAUUGCCUGGCUGCAAGGAUCCCGCCAUACUGUAUGAUCUGAUCUCCAGCAGCACAUUAAAUGAUGCCUAUCAAGAAGUGAUGAAGCUCAAGCGCAUGCCAUAUUUUACCGAGUUUGCAGCACUGCUGCUUCAGAGAACCAUGGAAGAAGGCCACAUAGACCUUGUGUUAAACUGGGGUCAAAACAUGUUUGAAUUACUUUCCAGGCGUGAUAAGGCCAUGCAACUAUCAACAAAAUCCGUGGAUAAAAGCAGCCAGAGUAAAAAGCAAAGUAGUAUUCAGGCUCCCAAGGAAAAUGAAACACCCCAGAACAAGAGCGUGCCUUCACAAGCUGAAAGAAGAAAGAAACUGAAGCAGACCAUGCCACGCAGCAUGCUCCAGAGAGUGAGAACUAACAGGGAGAUGCAGGCUGUAGAGAACCUGCUAACCAAAAUGUCGUCUGUGGUGCAGCGACAGAAGAAGCAGCUUCAACUGCGGGGAAUAUGCUGUGGGGAGAGACCGUGGAGAGCUCGUCUGAACUACCUUUUGGCUCAGGCACACUUAGCAGUGCUUUAUCAGGGCCUGGACCAGCUGUGUGGUGGAGCUGUGCACAGGUACAGCCAGUUCACUCCCUUGUUUUUCUCUCUGGCCUACUCUGGUGUCCUUUUGCGGAGGAAGUUGCAGCCACAGCAGUCUUCUAAAGAUGAAGUUGUCUUGGAGAGCACCUCCUUGCACUCCAGUGUCCUUGAUUACGUGACAAAUACACACAAAGGCAGGAACAAAAAGGAGGCAGUCCGAGCUGAAGACUCUGCCACAGAGGAGAGCUGUGAGGAGGGUGAAGGCUGCUCUCAAACUGUGGAAAAACAUAUAGAGACACCGAAAUACAAUGUUGCCUUUCUCUUGGAAUCACUUAACAAAGCUGCUUUACAUCUUCGGAGGGCCAUGGUGUUGGCCCAUCGUGGUGGUCACUGGACCACUUUGCAGUAUGUGUGUCAGACUAUGUGGGACCAAAGUUGCAGAAUCACUCUCCAAGUACAGAUGACUGAUCAGCCUGAAACUCCCUCCCCCAUCACAGCAGAGCAGCUGUACACCAUCUUUACUCCGCUACUGGUGCUGGCUGCUGACCUCAUUAUGGAUAUGUUGAACAAACUAGGGCUGUGGAGUUUGUAUGACAGUGACUUGACUGAGGAGGAACUCGAGUCCAGUCUCCACUUCAUAGUGCCACUAGAUGACAGCACCCAGGUGGACCUGCGUUGGAUUCGCACAUUGGUGUUGUACACUCUGGAGCGCCUCCAUGAUAGUGGCAAAUGGGAAAGCCUGGCCCACCUUGCCUUACUAUUCAAUUCAUACACAAGGGAACGUUAUUCCUUGAUUGUAACUCCUCUGCUAGUUCAUGCUCAGAGGAGACUGCUUGAACGAAUUGGUACUCUUGGAGGACCUGCAGUACCACAACCACACCAUGUUAAGACACUGAAGGCCACUGGCAAGGAGGUAACUUACAGUAGUUAUGCAGGCUGCCAGCUUCUCAGUGGAUGGACCCCUCAGUCUGCACAGCAGCAAGUGCCUAUUGACAAAAAAGCAGCACUCUCAAACUCCAAAUCUCAAGAAACAGCUGCAUUGAAAGGUGGGGAGAUACAACGCUCCAUGUCCCUUGUGUGCGUUCCUCUGGAUGUGGAAGACUCACUGAGCUGUUAUCGGCAAGCUCUUGAGAAAAGAGCUCAUUGUCUUCAGGUCUUCCAGCAUAGUCGCUCAUUAGUUUUUCUACUUCUGGCACACACACAGUCCUGCUUUUUGACACAGUUGCAGCCCUGUCACAGCAGAGGUCUCAGCCAUUCAGCAAGCCUGGUGGAUUUCAGGACCUUUGUUAUACCCACUCCGAACCUCCAACCUUGUGACCUGAUGGAGGAGGACUACAGUACUCCAAAUGCUAUCUACAGCCUCCCCAUCAGCCCUAAACACAUGCAGACUGUCACUGCUUCAUACUCCACUUCCAUAAAAUAUAUCCAGGCUAACGGUCAUGACUCUCUCAGAACUUUGGCAUUGCAUGAAAUGGGAAACUUACAGUUCUACAAUGGAAAUACACGCGCAGCACACUCCUGCUGGAGUAAAGCUGUAGACUGUGCCUUGCACAGCUCAGGUGCUGUAGAAAAAUGGGAUGGUAUAUCCUUUGAAGGCGGUUCUAUGCAACAAUCCUUAAAACAGGCUGGCAUUUGGGGAUGUCUACAGGCUGCUGUGCUCACUGCUAAGAUAGCACAGUAUAUCUUAACCUCUGAUAUCAGUCAACGGACCAAGUGCUGUCUCCUAUCUGUUCACCUCUUUAAGUGUGUGCUGUGUUGCUCCAUGCGUGAACCCCAAUCCGACCUCCAGUAUGCGUCCCACAGCAUUGGCGAUGAACUGCUCCCUGGAGUUGACCUUUUUUGUGAACCAAACAGGGUUCACCUUGGCACCACUGUAGCAUGUCUUAACUUUGUUUGCCACUGGCUUUUCACCACAGGCUACUGCAUUACGCUGCUGCCCAUACUAGCCCUUUACCUACAUUUUGUGGGGACUGUGUGCCGAGAUGUACAGCGUACUGUUGAGGGCAAAAUACUUAAGAUGCGUGUCCUUACUGAACUGUGUCUGUUCACUGAAGCUAUGAAGGAAGCACUUCAGCUCACACAAGGAAUAGGUGUCCCUCUGCCAUAUGGACAUUACGUCUCCAACGCCAGUCUCAGACCUUUGAAGACAUUCUACAGCAACAGGUCUCUACUGGACAAUGUGGAGGCUUUGGAAGAACUUGUAAACUGUGAUUUUGCUCCAGAGGUCCGCACUCUGUAUGGACCCACAGUGUGUGUCAGAUUCAACCUAGCUCGUACUCAGCUAGUCCUGGCACUGACAAACUCUGUACGUGGCCAUCCCAUUGGAGAAGAAGCCAGAACAGCAAGUUGUUUCGUGAACUCAGAGCACCACGAGCAGGACACACAGGAGACUGAGGGCUCUUGCCUACAGACAGUGAAGCCAACAAUUCUCACUCUUCAUACUGGGAAGGAGGAAUUAACCCAAGAAAGAAUUGAGUUCCUUUUGCUCGAAGGAGCAUCCUCCUUGUUACAAUCCAUUUCGCAGCAGCUCACAGCUCAGUCCUGUAGUGAAAUGGAGAACUUGGAACUGACAAUAGAAUUCAAUCUUCUAAAAGCAAACCUCUACCUACAGCAAGGCUAUGCUGCUCUGAGCUCCGAGAUGGCAGUUUCAUCUCUGGUCUUGCUGCAGACAUCUCCUGUGCUUGUUAGAGGAUCCAGUGAACAGUAUGCCAAAGAUAACAGUGUGUCAAACACCCUGCAUGGAGACUAUCCCAAAGCUGUUGAGGCAAGGGAGAGAAUUGGAGUUUCUAUGUGGCUGCGCUGCCGCUUUGCUCUGAUCCACAGCCUGGUUGCUGAUGUGACUGGCACUGCUGCUCUUUUCCCAGGUAAGAACAUGAAUGAGGAGGUAGCGCAGUUGUUGCAGGAGGGUCUCAAUGAAUGUGUGAUAUGGGGAGACCACAAUACUCAAGCCCUACUGAUGGUCGAAGGUGCACAAUUGGAAGCAUUGAGAGGCAAGACUGAUGACAGCAUGGCAAUGCUGCAGGAAGCAGUAAACUUGCUGUCAGGACAGACAUGCAUGCCACCAGGGUCCGUUGUUACUUUAGCUCAGGCCACUUUGCUGCUCAGCGACCUGAGAGGAGCACAGAGCACCACACUUUUCCGGCUGACACAGAAACUACUGAUAAAGCAGCUAUGUGUUUUUGGUCAGAGUGUGGUGUUGGUUGACGGAAAACUGUGUUUCUCUCCUCCUGGACCCAGCAACAUCUACCUACCUUAUCUGAACAUACUGAACCAGACAACUUUGCAAACUGGUUGUACCCUGGAUCGUGGUACCAUGGAAAGGCCCAUCUCUGUCCAGUCGUCACAAUCCACUUCCAGGCAGAAUCUGCACCAGUUCAGUCAGACUGAGAGAGAUUCUCAAGCAGCUACCUCUCAGAACAAUCCAAGCUCCUCCAGUCCUGAAAGACACUCAUAAGAUGUAGCAUUUGGUACUGCUGUCUCCUAUUCAUAUGUGCAUAUUGAGACACAUAGCUGGAUGCUGAAAUGGGUAUUGAGCUGUUUAAGGCUGUUUAUAGCAGGUCGGUGUCAUGAAAUGCAAAUAAUAUGUGGACCUGGAGACAGUGGUUACAAUUUGAUAGGUUGAACUAUGUUUAUGUGAAGACAAACUCUUAAGUUUUCAUUGUCUAGAACUGAAAAUAGUGAUGUUGAUUCUUCAUAAUCUAUAGGCUAUGCACAUACUUUUUGUCAUAUUAUUCUUUCUCCCAAAAAGAAAGCAAAAUAGUUGGGAUUAAAAAGUUCUUCAGAUACCAGUUAAACUCGCAAGCAAACUGGCAUUUAAUAGUGUCUGUAUUGAUAGAUUGUAUGUAUACUUUUGAUCAAAUAAAAUCUAAACUGUAGAAAGAGAAAUAAAAUUACUCUG